AUGUUGUUUCCUUCAUUAGCCGCAUGGCUUUCAUUUGGAUCAGUUGCACUCGCUGGUCCUCUACGGGCAGAACCACUAUCCGAUGAGUUCCCAACUUUUGACCAGAUUGUCAAGAGGCAAGAUGGUGCUUGCACCAACACAGCACGGACACGAAACUGCUGGAGUAAUGGCUACAGCAUUGCCACCGACUUCGAUGCCAAGUCUCCUCCGGAUGGCACCACCGUGACUUACAACUUCGAGAUCUCCAAUGUUACCAGGGCCAAUCCUGAUGGAAGUGGUACUUCCAAGGAGAUGAUGCUCAUCAAUGGUCAAUAUCCUGGACCACUCGUACGAGCAAAGUGGGGUGACACAGUCAUCAUCAACGUCAAGAACAACCUCGAGCACAACGGAACCGGUAUCCACUGGCACGGUAUUAGACAGCUGAACUCCUGCCAGGACGACGGCGUCCCGGGAAUCACCGAAUGCCCGAUCGCUCCUGGAAGAACCCGACAGUACAAGUUCAGGGCCACUCAGUUCGGUACAACAUGGUACCACUCUCACUUCUCAGCCCAAUAUGGUGAUGGUGUUGUCGGUACCAUGAUCAUCGAUGGACCAGCUACUGCCAACUACGACGUCGACCUGGGUACUCUCCCCAUCACUGACUGGUACUACGUACCCGCUUUCACACUGAACGAAGUCGCCCAGCACUCUAAGAUUGGACCCCCCUCGCCCGACAACAUCCUCGUCAACGGCACACACAUCAACGCCGCAAACGACAACGGGAAGUACGCCAGGAUAAACGUCGUCAAAGGCAAGAAGUACCGCAUCCGCCUCAUCAACACAGCCGUAGACAGCACCUUCAGCGUGUCCAUGGACGGCCACCCCUUCACAGUCCUGACCUCCGACUUCGUGCCCAUCAAAUCCUACGUCACCGACCAACUGACCCUGCAGAUCGGUCAACGGUACGACGUAGUCAUCACCGCCAACCAAACCGUCGACAACUACUGGUUCCGCGUCGUAACCGGCAGCUGUGGCAGCAACAAGAUCGCGUCAGCCGGCAAGCCCGUCGGCGCGAUCCUGCACUACGACGGCGCAUCCAGCACUUCAAACCCCACCUUCAAGUCCUCCGUCACAAUACGCACAGGCUGCGACGACGAGUCCUCAUCCAACCUCAUCCCCUUCGUCCCCAACACCGUGCCCACAUCUGUAAUGGGCGAGGUCCAAAACCACAAGAUGAGCGUAGACUCGUUUGCCGACCCUGCGAAGGACAACCUUUUCCGGUGGUUAAUCGACGGUACGCCCCACGUCGUGGACUGGAACAAUCCUUCGCUUGAGACUGUGCUUGGAGGCUCCCGCAACAUCGGUCCAAACGGCAACGUGUACACCAUGGACAAAGAAGGCUGGUACAUGUGGUACAUCCAGUCGACCUCUAAGAUCGCCCUUCCCCACCCCAUCCAUCUCCACGGCCACGACUACUACAUCGUGGGCCGCGGCGCAGGUACCUGGGACGGAUCCACCAACGGCCUCAAUUUCAACAACCCGACGAGGCGUGACACUGCUUUGUUGCCUGCUGGCGGCUACAUGCUCAUUGCUUUCCCGGCUGAUAACCCCGGCAUGUGGAUUAUGCACUGUCACAUUGCAUGGCAUGCGAGCCAGGGACUCAGCCUCCAGUUUAUGGAGCGCAUGAGUGAGAUUCAGGGUAAGCUGGGCGAUACGAGUGUGUUGAAGCAGGGGUGUGAUGAAUGGGAUUCUUAUUGGGCGGAGGGAAGCGCGCCGGAUGGGGAUAGGCCGUACAAUCAGACUGAUUCUGGUAUUUAG